AUGUUCGAGAACCACGCACCUGCAGACAUCGUUAUCCCAACGUUUGUCGAGAUUCCUAUCAAAUCGACUUCUUCCUCUUCCACUACAGCGGCUUCAGCUUCCAGGAUCACCACCCCUACUUAUUCAUCCUCUUCAACCACCACUAUUACAGCUACAACCCUCUCAUCCGAGACACCCUCAACUACCAUCACCACCAUCGCCAACGCCGCCGCAGUGACCUCCUCAAACACCACUGCUACUGCCUCUGCUACCACCACCACCAACGCUACAACCCCCACCUAUCCAACAACGGCGGCCGUGACUACCACAACAGAGAAGGUGGCCACAAAGGCCAACGAGAAGGUCAAGGUCCUCUCCCUCCACGACUUCAACAACCCAGCGACUCGUCCCCGCUUCCUUACUGACAUGCGUGAGUCCCUGAUCGAGUUGGGCACGUUCUACAUCAAGGACCAUGGGAUUACGACUGAGAUGACCGCGGGCGCGAUGAAGACUGUCCAAGACUACUUUGCCUUGCCCCUGGAGGAGAAAAAGAAGAUGCUCAUCGGCAACAGCAGACACUUCCGCGGCUACAAACUCAUCGGCGAAGAGUUCACAAACAACCAGGUCGACCACCGCGAACAACUUCAGUUCGGUCCAGAACAGUCGGCUCUGCCCUCGUUUGUGCCCUCACAAUCGCCCGACUACCAAGGCCUUCAAGGUCCCAACCAAUGGCCCACCUCGACCCUUGCACUCCUCCCUGCCUUCCAACCUCAUAUCCUCGAAUUCAUGCGCCAACUCGAAACCCUCUCCCACCGCCUCAUGGAGGCCGUCGCCCUCUCCCUCGGACAGUCCGCGCAUUACUUCCGUGACCUCUUUAGCGAAACCCCUUACUACCGCCUCAAGGCAGCCAAGUACCCCUCCGUCAAGAACACGAAAGCUGCAACCAUUGGCUGUGGUGCUCACAAAGACACGGGCUUCUUGACCGUCUUGCUUCAAGACAUGGUCGGCGGCUUGCAGGGCCAGAUCCCCGCCACGGGUGAAUGGAUGGAUACGAGGCCGGUGCCCGAGACGUUUAUUGUGACGAUGGGUGAGGCCAUGGAGAGGAUGACAGGUGGAUUGUACCAGGCCACGGUGCAUCGUGUGUUGAACAACAUGUCUGGUCAAGAUCGGUAUAGCAUCCCCUACUUCUUUGAUCCUGCCCUUGACACCCGUGUCCCCAACCAGAUCGAGAAUUUGGACCGCUCUGCCCAUUUGGACUUUUCGAACGCUCAGACCCGUGAGGAGCUUCCCAAGGCCGACGGAGAGAAUUUCUGUGGUCUGGGCAUCACCACCCAAGACGACGUCUCCUUCCCCACAACCGCUUCCGCUUCAUCUUCAAGGCAAUCCGCUGUUGAUGAGAAAGAAGGCUGGAGCAGUGGCGCCCUCGUCUUUGAAACCGUCCACCGUUGCCACCCCGAGGUCUAUGCUCGUUGGUACACCCGUGAGGAGUAA